AUGCCCACGUUUUCAAUCUCCAAGCACGGUAUCUCCAGGGAAGUUCUGGAGACUGAUCUGCCGUUGUAUCUGGGUCGUGAUGCUCGGGUAGUGAAUACUCAUGACUCUGAUCGUUAUGUCAUUGAGGCUUCGCUCUCGCCGCCGAGUACAAUGAUUCCUUCACUCCGUGACGACAGUGCGCGAUGGUAUGAGAGCAAUGGCUACCGCAGGCGAAAUAGCUAUGCAGAGAGCAGUGUUCACAGAGAGCGCAGGCAAUCGUUUAGCCAAGACAGCGGUGGCUCUCACCGAUACUCGGCGGCCAGACGUGAUUCCAACGUGUCGAGGUCCGGCACCUCAUACGCUAUACCUGCCAUUGCCAUCCCUCAAAGACCCAACAUGAUGCCGAGGUACAGCUCCAACAGCAGUUCGGUCAUGGAGUCAGUAUCGGGUUCGCCCAGCUCGACCUUUGGCAGUCCCCCAUCAAGGAGCGGUCGAAGCUAUUCAUACUCCACGAACUAUACCAGUUCAAGACGUCCGUCAGAUGCCAUGGCGUCCUUGGAUGAGCAUGUCCUCAAUCGGGCCGACUCGUCUUCGAGCGAGUCGAGUGAUUAUGGGAUCGAUGGCAUUCUUGGGUUCGAGAAGAGGGACGCUCGUGACGCCCGCCGAAGAGAUGGCCAUGGUUCCGGCAGACGUGAUCAUCAUCGUUCGUCUCGCUCGCAUCAUGACAGGAGGUAA